AUGCGAUCGUCCUCCAAUUACGCUAGGAGGGACCGCAGGAGGCCCGCCGAAGACGUUGAAGCCGAGUCGAGUGCGCAGGCCCGCAAGCGCCAGGCCAUGGAGCCUCCGCCCCCGCCACAUGCGAAUGGCGGCAAUGGAGCACAGGCUGGCGAGUCGUACGGCAACGGAGGGGGUGCCGAAGGCGACGGAGACGAAGACGAUGACGAGGUCGACUUCUCGCUGCUGCCCGCCGAAGGCAUGCCGGAGACGGACAAGGCCAAGAAGGCCGCCGAGGGACUCGGCGACGAUGCGGUGCUCCAAAAGUCAAUCGACCUGGUCCGCUUCUCGCUUGCCUGCGAGUACAGCAAGACUGCGAUCAAGAAGGAUGCUGUAUCGAAAAAGAUUCUCAACGGCCGGCAGGGCGCAGCAGCAUUUCCCGUCAUCUUCAACAAGGCGCAAAGGAUCCUCCGCAGCACGUUCGGGUACACCCUCGUCGAGCUGAGGCCGGCAGGCUCGGAGAACCAGCAGCUGCAAAAGCAAAACGAGACGGUGACCCAAACGGCUGACCCCGAGAGCUCGAGCAGGGGCAGAGCUGCCGAUAAGAGCAAGCAGUCGCAGCGCGAGGAUGCCGCCAAAGCGAGCUCGACGACCAAGUCGUGGGCGCUGAGGUCGGUCUUGCCGCUUCAGCUCAUCGGGAGGUUGUCGGCCAGGAAUGACGAUUUGGCGCGUGCGCUGCAUGCUGGCGGUGAAGACUCUGCGGUGACGGCCGACGAGACGGGCACGGCUCUUGACUGGAAGAAGGCUGAUCUUCAGCUCGGCAGCAUUGGCUUGCUCUACGUCAUACUCAGCCUCAUCCUACUCAACGGCAGGGCCAUCAGCCAAGCCCAACUGCUGGCCUACCUGCGACGUCUGCGCCUGUAUCCUGAGGCGAGGCUACCGAGCAAGGUGCAGGUCGACGGCGCUGGACACGGUGGUGGCGAUGCCGCGACCCAGGGAGCGACGCAGCGAACCCACCACGCGCGCGGCCGGCGAGCGGAUGGCGGCGAGGCGUCGUUGGACGAGUUUCUGUAUCUGCUUCGCAAGCAACACUACCUCGAGCGCAGCCGGACCGACGUGGUUGCGGCUGCGGGCAGUACGCAGGCGACGCAGCGCCACGCCACCGGGUCGCGGAUGCGCGACGACGAGGAGGGGGCGUCUUACGAGUGGCGGUGGGGCAGCCGCGCCGAGGCCGAGGUGAGCGAGCAGAGCAUCGCCAAGAUGGUUGAGGCCAUCUUCCACGAGGACGAGGCGACGGCGGGGGCCGACGAGGGCGAGCAGCAUCCCGACGAUGCGCAGGUGUCGCGGCGCAGGAUGGCCCAGCGCCGGGAGUCGCUGCUGCGCGACAUUGAGACGGCGGCCGGGUCGCAGCUUCUGGCCCUGUGA